AAUGAAAAAAAAAAUACGGAAAGGUGUGAAAUAAAAAUGGAUAUUUUGGCAAUGUGUGAACAACCUGGAUCAAGGAGGCAAUCACCGACCGACCGCAGCAACAAAGCCAAGUGGCAAAAACAAUUAUGAAAUUAAUUGCUAACUAAUUGCCAAAGAUUAUUGGAACAAACAGCCAACAACAAAACCGAAACCGAAAAACUAAAUAAACAAAUAAAAAAAAAACUCAUUGAACAUUGAACUCGAAAAGUGAAAGUGCGUGAAAAGUAUCCCUCUCUAUCUCUCUCUCUCUGUCACUCUCACUCUCUCCCUGUGAAUGUGCGUGUAGAUGAGUUUUACUUUUAAACUUGUAUGUUUUUGUUUGCGUUGACAAAUUGCUAAAAAGAAUUGGGAGAAAACCUUCAGGAGGAUCAUUGAACGUAGUAUGACCAUGAAGCAUGAGAAGACGACCAGCCUCAGCAUGGCAGCAACACCACAGCAACACCACAAACAGCAGGGAAACCACCUGACCCACCAUCAUCAUCAGCAGCAGCAGCAAACACCACGCAGUCCCAUUACCAAGGCCUUUGACUUUCUACCCUGGACAAGAAGUCGCAGCAAGGUGAACAUGUCAAAGACCCCAACGGUGGACAAGGACACAUCGGGAUCGAUAGCCAACGCCAACGCCAACGCCGCCGCCUCGUCAGAGGUGCAUUAUCAUAGGAAUAUAUUUCGUAGUGGUGGAGGCCUUAUUAGGGAUAUCUUGGCUGGCGGUGAUAAGGAAAAUGGUGGUGCUGGUGGUGGUCAUAGGCCACCACAAUCUCCGUCGAGCAGAAAGAAGCAAAAGCAUUUGAGUCGCAACAAAAGCUUGGAUAUUAGAGAACUCAUCGGUUGUGUGGAGAAUGAAAUGGGAGCCAGGCCAUCAUCGGUGGCCACAAGUGGUUCAUCGGGUGGCCGCUUUCUCGAUGACACCUACAUCGAUCACAAGCCAAAGCAUAUUCUAUUCAACGACGAUGAGAAUACGGUUUAUAUUAUUAAAAAGGAUUUGCCAGUCCAGUCCAAGGUGAAGCCAUCGAAUGGUUGCGAUGGAGACGUGCUAAAGGCUCGCCUGAAAUUUAAACGUGUGCCCAGUGGAGAUCAUUAUGCUGCCUCACCGGAGGCACUGCGUAGGGCCCACCAAUUGCAUCAGCAGCGUCAUAUGUUGCAGCGAAGGAAGAGUUUGAGUGACCAGCAAAGUAGCUCCAGUUUAAGCAGUGGCAAUGGCGGCGGGGGCAACGAAAGAGGCGGCGAUAGGGCAGCAACAGGCGGCAUUAUGCUGGAGCGACCAAAGACCGACAAGCCACGCAAAAAGCUAUCCUUUCGGGAGCCCAUUGUGGCGGCUGAGCAAGCUCAAUCGCUGGUAAUGGCCACUGAGCAGCGUCAGGCCAGACAAAGGAGACGCAGUUCGCCAUUGGAACGGACACGCGGCGGGGCUGCUACUGCUAGUGAAGCUGCGGGAAUUGGAAUUGCAAUGGCAAUGGGUGGCCUAGGUGGCAUCGCUGCCAUGGGUGGAUUGGGUUCAAUGGGUGGUGGUGGUGGCGGUGGUGGAAGUGGUUUAAGCAACUGUGAUAAUUUAUGCAAUAAUCAUCGCACAAAGGAUGCAAUUUCCUGCAGCGAUCCCGAGUCUCAGGCCAUGCGCAUAGUUCGCACUGUGGGACAAGCCUUUGAAGUGUGCCACAAAUUUAAUCUUCAUAAGAAUUCCCUGGAACCCAAUGACGAACGCUCGGAUAUAUCAUCAUCUGAGCUGCUCGAUGUGGAGCAAAUCAGCGAACAGCAGCAACUGAGCGAAGAUGGCGGUGGAAACGCUGACGACAAUGAGACGCCAAAGAAAGAACACUUGGCCGUUUGCUCACCCGAUUUGAAUCACACGCAGCCGCAACGACCUAACCACUUGGAGCUAAUGCCAACCCAGUCGAGUCUACGCAAAUCGACCAGCCUUCUGUGCGAUGUGGAUGACAAGUCUUUGGGCUCACCUUCAUCGCCCCGCACAGAGAUUUGCCAUUUGAAGGACCAGCUGGAGGCGCAAGCUCUGCAAACGCGUCAGGCCUUGGCCCAAUUGAUGUUGGUGCGUGAGCAGCUCAUAUCAGAGACAAAUGCGCGCAUUGAGGCUCAGGCGCGCACGCAGCAGCUGCUGCAACAGAAUCGUGAGUUACUUGAGCAUUUGGCCUCGUUGGGGGCCUACAAUGAGCAGCAGAGCGCUGGACUCACCUCGGCCAAUAUUGGGAUGGCACCACAGCUCUCGUCGACAGCGAAAGUGGCCCGCUGGUUUCAACAGCUUCCCUGGCACACAGCUUCCCUUUCACGGCCCGAAAGCGGUUUCGUUUCCGGCGAUUCACGUUCUGAGAAAUAUCAAGAGGAUCAUUUCUAUGGAGGAGCUGGCGGUGUCUGUGUUGGUGGAGUCGGCGGCAACGGCGUUGGCGGCGGUGGUGGUGGUGGUAUCGGUAACAUUGCAAAGGAAACGGAUGAUUUAUGCGAUGAGUUUUUACUGGUCGAAGGCAGCAGCACCAUUUGGACAAAGUUAAGCGCCAAAAAGCGUCGUAAAUUGCUUGGCAUGCGUCUGGGCAAAGUGACAACAUUCUAAGGCAAUGGCACAGACACACACCCCACACCCCACCAAGAAGUAGGAGAGGAGCCGCCGUAAUGUGUGCGUUUAUUAGCUGUUAAGUGGUAGAUAUUUUUUUGAUAAAUGUAGUACUAAUAAGUUUUAGCUAUCUAAUGAAAAUCAAUAGACUAAAUUGACCAAAUUAACCCCCAAAAAUGGAAUGGAAUCGAAACGACAUGCUCAUUGAAAUGCCAUGCAGCUCACAUACAGACACACACUCAUCCCCAGACAUUCACAACAACAACAACAACAACAAACAAAACAAAAUAUCAGAAUUAACUCGACAAUUAGUUAGACAUAAGUCAAUUAGCUAAAGCUCAAAUGGGUAUUUAAGUAUUAUAAGAAAACAUUAAUCAUACGCCACGUAUAACACACACACACACAAACACAGCAAAAGAGAGAGACUGAAGCAGAAGCAGCAGCAGCAGAAGAAGAAGUAAAAGCUUAACUUGGCCAACUUUUCCUUGAAGUAGAAAAACUGGUUAUUAAGCUAAGCAACACACAGUCACACAUCCACAAACAACUACAUACAUACAUACAUACAUACAUACAUACAUACAUACAUGCAUAUAUAGGUGCGAGAGUAGCUUCUUUGGCCACAAGGACAACAAUGAUUCAAAAUGUAACAAAAAACAAAAAAAACAACAUUCAACAUUCAUAAAUUUUCCAAGCAUCAUUUCGGUUUUUCCUUUCAGAGUUCACUUGUUGUUGUUGUUUUUUAUGCAUAAAUCGAUUUUACUUUUUAUGUUGUAGGUAGCUAAAAAAAAAAGGGAAAACAGAAAGGAAAAGCAACUCUAUAAAUUUUUCUUUAUAUUUUCGGCAAGCAAGAGCUUGCGAGAAGCAAACGUGAAGGGGGCAGUUACCAGCUGCAACCAAGAAACCUAUACACACACACACACACACACACUUACACCGAAAAGUCUGCGGCAUACGUGGCGUAUAAGCUAUUUACCCCACAAAUUUAUGUAGAUUCCGUUCGAGCUAUAAAACAAAGCCUGAACAUGAAAAUGAAAAUGAAAAUGAAAAUGUUCUGUCUUUUUGUGGGUCUCUUUUCACUGAGGGGAUUACAGGGGAAUGAUAGUAGUAGUAGUAAUAGAAAGGUAGCUAGUAAUCUUCUUCAACUUAGUUUUAGUUCAAGUAGAGUUAUACAUAUGCUAAGUUCAACUGUGUGAACAAAAACAAUGAAAACGAAAAGACAAAAGGAACAAAACAAAAUGAAAUUUUAAUUUGGCUGGGGCAUAAUCAAAGAGAAGGAGAAGGGAGGGAGAUCAGGCAAUACCAAAUACCCUACCACAUUUUUAAUAUACAUACCUAUCCACAAACCAAGCCGAUUUGGAUUAAAUAUAUCUAAUGUUCAAGGAAAUUUUAAUUUAUUCCGUUUUUUUCAAUCAAUGUAUACUUUUGUUUAAGAGUUAUAGAAGACAGUUGUGUUUAUUCCGUUCAGCUUAGAAUUAAUACAUAUACCCUUCACUACGAGGUAUAGAAUUGUGGCCAACCGCUGCCUCUCUCUCUCUCUAUCUCACUUUGAAUCUCUCCACAGACUUAACUCAUCAACCUAAGCCGAAUUUCUAUUACAUUUUUAAGCUGCUUUUUUGUUUUUAUUGCUUUUCAAAUGAAAAACGACGAUUUACCUAACGAUUUUAUGACAUUGCCACCAUUCCGAAGAAACACCCACUUCAACUCCCACAUCGCCUCCCCCCACCAGUUAUUCUCUUUUACCCCAACUCAUUUCAACUCCAUCAUCAUCCAAAUCAUCAUCUCAAAAUUUAGGUACGAAAUUGUAAACGAAUAAAUUUUUAUGGUUUUAGUUAAUUUAUGCUUAAAAUGAAAAGGAGAAUAAACCAACGAGCGAACGAUGAUGAAAAAGAAAAGACAAUUUGUUUGAGACUGAAACUGAAAUUUUUGUACUAAGCAUAAAACAAAAAAAAACACAAAAAAAAAACAGAAUAAAAGAGAUCAAAAAAUCAUUCAUAUACAUUAAGUGCACACACACACACACGUACACCGCAUUUUAUGUGCUGUGUGUGUGUCAUGCCAGAACAAAUGCAUUCCACUUGAACAUUUACACAUGAUGAACUAAUUUAAACAUUAAAUUAAGCAUAAUUUAAUAUCAAUUUUUUUUUUUUUUCACCCACACAUAUUCUUGAUAUUUUUUCCUUCAUCGUGUUCGUAUUUGUAUUUUAAAAUUAGCAUGUACAAUAGAAUUAAGUGAAUUGUAUGUAAUAAAAAUUCAACUGCAACCUGC